AGGACGCUUUGUAAUCCCCAACAAUGAAUGGAUGCGGGUGGAGUUUGUCAUCCGUGGUUUAUGGAAUACCAUAAUACUGGAGGGAAACUUUGGAAAAUAUAAUUUAUAUUACGGAAACUACGCACGUUUGGAUUUCUAACUAGUUUGGACUGUUGGGAGUAUGCAACCUUUAAACUGACUUCAUGAAGCUUUGAAACGUGUUUACACUUCAGUGUUGGCACUAAAGAGAUAUCACUCCAGAGUGACAUUCAGUUCCAACGCUCUGCAUCUGAAAAAACGGCCACAUUCAGGAUGAGGAUGCCGGGACAGGCUGAAGGGGCGCGGAGGCGUCUGGAUUUGACCUCUCCUCAUGAAGUCAGACGGGUUGAGGUUGUUCGAGGACGUGUAGGAUACGGGUUUACCUUAUCGGGACAAGGCCCGUGCCUCUUGAGUGGUAUAUUGGAGGGCAGCCCUGCAGACCAUGUGGGACUGAAGCAGGGGGAUCGUAUAGUGAGUGUCAACGGAACUGAUGUGGCAAAGGCAUCCCAUGAGGCUGUGGUGCAGUUGAUUGGCACCUGUAAAGGCCCCUUACGGUUGGUGGUGCUUGUCGGGAGUGGGCCCUCGGUGGACCUAUCCUCCAGCGACGAGGAGUUAAGGAUUUCUAGAACAGAGGGAAAGGGUCUUUUUCAGAACGGGGGAGUUUUUCGCACUGUUUCGGACCACUCUGGCAACUCGUCAUCUAACUCCGUAAAUGCCACCCCAGCUAAACAAAGACCUGUGUCAGAACCUGACAUGUCCCACUGGAUCCAGCCUUCGAACUCCAAAACCCAGCCUCUCUUCCUAUCUGAGGAGGAAACCGCCCGAGUGGCAGACGGCGACUCUGUUUUCAACGAGCAGGAGGAUGAUAUGAAUCGAGACUGGAGUAUUCUGAACACAGCCAUGGUGGUGGGCUACCUGGGCUCUACUGAACUGAUCUUGGCCUUGUCCAGACACGGCUCAGAGGACGACUGCCUACAGGUGAUCUGCGGGUGUAUCAGACAUAUGGGCACAGAGCAGGAGACCCACACGCUGGUGAUGAUGGAGAUCAUGUUCGACUGCGUCCGCCUCUGUGAUGACACAGGAGCCAUUCUGGCCGCCUUCCCCGCCGAGAACCUUGUCCUGGGCGUGGUGUGUUCCGAGGACAGGCGCUUUUUUUGUCUGGUCACCACUGCACACAUCUCUGGCGGCCACGUUGGCCAGAACGGUCCCCUGAGUACCUCCUGCCACGUCUUCUUCAUCGACCCCGAGCUGUGCCACCACAGUGACCACCUGGGCAUCACAGGGCGCUUCGGCUUCGACUGCACGCCCGACCCAGACACCCAGGGCUGCCUGGAGUUCCCCCUCACUCCCCCCUCCGUCCUCCAGUUUGUAUCUGUCUUAUACUGUGACAUGGGGGAGGCAGUGGAGAGGCUUAGAACCAGGCUGGACAGAGACUCAGCCCACCACCUCCACACGCAACAGAAUCGCAGCAGUACCGGUAAGAAUGGCAGCGCCAGCAGCAACGGAGACAGCGGGAUCGGAAACACCUCCCCCCCUGAGGAAAGAGCGGACAGGGAUUUCCCCACCGCCCGCGGAAACGACCCUGGGGGCCAGCUCCCCAGCUGUCCAUGGGAGGAUUACCCCCAGGCUGAAGGAGACCUCACCCAAAUAGUAGCUCAUCAAAAUGGCUGCCUAAAACUAAACGGCCAUCCUAAUCCAGGCAGCACAAAUUCCCUUUCCGAAUCUCUACCUGGCCCGGCGUCGUUAACCGGCCCAUCCGGUGGCCCUCCUCCCACGCUGGAGUUUCAGUUCAAGCCCCCGCCACCACCGUACCCUCUGGCUAAGAACCAGAAACAGAGCCUAACAGGAGGAGGCUCCUUCAGAAGCAGUCAGCGCUGGUUCUCUAUGAGUGUUAAGCAGAGAUGGCCUAAGGGCCGAGGUGGAGAGCCCGAGUCCCAGGCAACACCGGCCACUAACAGCUGGUCAGGACCAGCCAUGGUGGGUAGCACCAACGCUCUGCCACCCCCCAUGAGCCAGAUCCCACCAGACAGGUACCUGGCAGCAGAGACCAUGAUGCUGCUGCCCCAGAGGGAGGAGUGGGCCAAACGACUCUGGAGAGUAGAAUCUGGAGAGCUGCUGAAUGGAAAUCACAGGAAAGAUGCCAAUACCAAAGGCUCCAAGUUCUGGGGCAUUGGCGCCGGCCGCUCCUCUGGCCGUCGCUCCUUUGGACACUCCAAGAGGCUCAGCCUGGCACGAUCACUGGACGACCUGGAGUCGGCUGCUUCCUCAGAAGGUGACCAUGGUGGUGGUGUGCAGCUCCAGGGCUGCUGCAGCCAGAGCAGUCUGAACAGCAACGGCAGUCUGCCCGGCGCCGGCAGCCACAGGAGGCUGUCAGAGCGCCGGGUGGCCAGCUGGGCCGCCUGCUUCGAGCGCCUGCUCCAGGACCCCAUUGGCGUCCGCUACUUCUCAGAAUUCCUCAAGAAGGAAUUCAGUGAGGAGAAUAUCUUGUUCUGGCAGGGCUGUGAAUACUUCAGUCAUAUACCCGCAACGGACAAAAAGCAGCUAUCCCAGAGGGCAGGGGAGAUCUACAACAGCUUCCUGUCCAGUAAAGCCACUACUCCGGUCAACAUCGACAGUCAGGCCCAACUGGCCGACGACGUCCUCACCUCCCCAUGUCCAAACAUGUUCAAGGCUCAGCAGUUACAAAUCUUCAACCUGAUGAAGUUUGACAGCUACUCCAGGUUCCUCAAGUCUGGCCUGUAUCAGGAGUGCAUGCUGGCCGAGGUGGAGGGACGACCUUUACCUGACCCCUACCAGAUCCCCUGUAGCCCCGCCCCCUCCAAGCACAGCGCCAGCUCCUCUCUCUCCCUCUCCACGCCCAUAAAGGAGGCCAGGAAGCAGAGAUCAGGAAGGUCACUUAAUGAGGACCCCGGAGACGAGCAUGAUGAGCAUAAGAAACGGGGCACCUUCUUUUCUUGGUCCCGGAACCGGAGCUUCGGAAAGGGACCCAAGAAAAAGGACAUUGGAGAAAUCAACCUCGAUUCCUGGAGCAGCAACGGUCGGAGGGAAUCACAGGGCUCCUUGUCCUCAGGUGCCAGUCUGGAGCUGGCCACUUCCUGUUCAGCAGGCAAGAUGGAGGGGGACAACCGUCACUCAGUGCCGGUGUGGGACAGGUUGUCUUCCGCCAAGCACUGCAAUGUGACCUUGCCGGAUGGCUCGUGCUCCUCUGUGACUCUCCGGCCGGGAGCCACCAUCAGGGAGGUGCUCCGGGUCCUCUGUCAGAAACUCUGCAUCAAUAUGGUCGCCGUCGACCUCUUCCUGGUGGGAGGAGAGAAGCCUUUAGUGCUGGACCAAGAUUGCAUGACCCUCAGCUCACGGGAACUCAGAAUGGAAAAGCGCACCCUUUUCAGGCUGGACCUGGUACCCAUUAAUCGGUCCGUAGGCUUGAAGGCCAAACCCACCAAACCCGUCACCGAGGUCCUGCGCCCUGUCGUGGCGAAGUAUGGCCUCCACCUCAACGAUCUGGUGGCCAAAAUAAGUGGAGAAACGGAGCCUUUAGACCUAGGGGCGCCAAUAUCUAGCCUCGACGGCCUGCGCAUAGUGCUGGAAAGAGCGGAUCCCUCUGCUUCAGGGAAAGAUUCCAAGUCCAAGUCAGCCUCCUUGAAAGCCCAUCUGCCAUCUUUGACCAGCAGGAGUCUUUCAGCAACAGGAGAUGACAGGUCAUCAGGAAAGGCAAGCGGACCAGAGCCGUCGCUCCCUACGGAAAAGAGAAAACCGAAAAAGAUUAAUAUAGAUGAAGCUGAAGAAUUCUUCGAGCUCCUGAGCCGGGCACAGAGCAGCCGGAGAAAUGCCCAGAGAGGCCUCCUUAACAAAGAGGACCUGGAGUUACCUGACUUCCUGCGGUUAACCACCUGCUCCCCCUCCACUGCCUCCCUAGACGCGACUUGCUCCACCCCCACCUCCAUCAAACAGGGCCAGGGGGCAGGCAGGGUGAACGGGGUGGGCGGCACCCCCGCCCGCGGUCCCCUCAACGCCAGCCUGCGCUCCGAGAGCCUGGACUCCUCCCUCAGCAGCGCCAACGGACACUCCCACUCCGCUGCGGGGCGCAGGGCACUGCCCCUAGCCCGCCACCCCAUACCCACCUUCGGUGCCACCCUCUCCCCCAUUCCCCGCCUCUUGGACGCUAGAGGCCCAGGCCUCAGAACGCUGGAGGAAGACACCCAUGCUGACCUGACCCUGGUGGGAGAGGGGGACAUCAACAGCCCCAACAGCACCCUUCUGCCCCCCUCGCCGCUGCCGCUGUCCCACGAGGGUAGCCUGCCCGAGGCUAACUUCACCCCUCCUGCGCCCUGCGCCCAAACCUCCCAGGAUGGAUGUGGGAAUGGUCAGUCCAGCUCAGCGCAUCAGCCUGAUUCUGCCACAUUGGGAGCCAUGGUAACAGGUCCGCCUUGCAUCAGUUGACUGUGCUGCUGCAGAGAGAAACUGUUGCUAUUUUCUCUGUUUCUGUCGUUUUCUCUCGCUCUCACUCUCACUCACUGCCCGCUCCAAGCUAAACAGAAAGCCUGAAAAUGCAUAUAUCCCUGCCUGAAAAUGCAUAUAAUUUUUGUUCUUUAUUAUGCAUGCAGUAUUUAUGUUCUGUUCUUUACCUGUGCCUUGCGGAAUGUUCUUGCUUGCACGACAGUCAGUACGCAUCUGUAUGCACAACAGCCAGUACGCAUCUGUAUGCACGGAGGAAUGCGGCAUGCACACAAUUAGUGACAGUACAUCUGAAAGGUAACAUUUUUCUGUCACAUUAUGAUGGCCUGGAAUGAAUUACCUUUGACCUUUAAAAAAGACAAAUUGACAUAUCAUCAGAGAGAAAUAAUUGUAUGCAGUGCAUCAGGCAUAUUUCUGAGUAAACUCAAAUAAUUAGAUGUUGUAUCAUUAAUUUACAUAUAAAUGCAAUCAUCUCGCACUUCAGUCAAUCAAACAAUUGUCUUCUUAAUAAUCAGUGGGAUGAGUAGAAAUGAAAUCAUUCCUCUCUUAGUUUAUGUUAUGGCCACUGUCAAGACUACCAUUCUCUGCUGGAGAAGGUUAACAGACGCCAUAUAUUACAAACCAAAGGAUUCAUCUAACUAGGAGCCAAGGGUUUAUGUUUCCUGGGGUUUACUUAUACGAGUGGAACGGAGUUCACCUCUUAUAGCAGUGGAAUGAAGUUCACCUCCACUUUGGAUUAGAUGUUAAUUAACUAAUAUCUGUUCAAGUUUUGGACACUGCAUCUCAGUGCAAGCGGUGUCACUGCAGUACCUGGUUCAUAUCCAGGCUGCGUCACAUCUGGCCGUGAUUGGGGGUCCCAUAGGGCGGUGCACAAUUGGCCCAGCUUUGCCUGGGUAGUCCGUCAUUAUAAAUAAGAAUGUGUUCUUAACUGACUUGCCUAGUUAAAUAAAGGUUUAAAAAAAAUAGGAUGAAAAAGCUAGUGAUUUUCUCAUACAAACACAGAAACCCCAGCUGUAGCUCAAACAUAUGUCCCAGUUAAAGCAACCCUCUUCCAGCUGUUACCGACUACAGGUAGGCCCUAAUAUUUGUGUUUGUAAACUGAGGGGUUUUGGCAAAUGUAACUUAUGACAAUAAGGGUGGUUUUGGGUAGACUGGUCCCAGAUCUGUUGUCUCCUCCUAUAACCUGGUCCCAGAUCUGUUGUCUCCCUCUAUAACCUGAUCCCAGAUCUGUUUGUGCUCUUGCCAACUCCAUUCCUGUCAUUGUCCAGCCAAACAUGUUUGCAUGACAAUGAGUGUGACAGGGAGUUGGCAUGAUAGCAUCAACAGACUGGCACUCAGACAGAGAGAUUCUGGGGUCAGCUCCUAUAGGAUAUCCCAAUUCAAUCCCUGACUACAGCAUUAAUGUAAACUUAUGUUGAAAAACCAAACACAGGUCUGCUAGCGUCACCCCACCUAACAUUUGAAAUAACAAUCAAUUUGACCUCAUGAGUGUGUUCUGUUGAGAUACAUUUACCAUUGUAAUAUCUCAAAUAUACUGUAUAAUCUGAUGAUAUCUUAAUUAUGUGUUUCCUUUCCAUGUCAAAUCAAAUGAUGGUUGUGCAGCUGGUCAGAUAAACAUUUAUUGGUCAUUAUUUGUUUAAUUAAUUAUUUUAGCCACUAGAGGGCGACAGUAUACAGUAUAACUGUUCCUCCACCACCAGUUAAGGCAUUAAUAACCUCAUCUACCAUACUAGGGUGUUCGAGGAUGAGCUCAAAACUGCUCAGUUUUCUAGUCAUAGUAAAGAACCAAUGCAUAACAUUUGACGCCUUGGUUUGGUUAUCAUAUUUUUUACUGUAUUUAUCAUAGCAAGAGCAUUUUUUGAAAAGGACCUGUAAGUAAGCAUUUCACUGUUAGUCUACACCUGUUGUUUACGAAGCAUGUGACAAAUACAUUUCGAUUUGAUUUGUAUAGUGAUUGGUCCUGAUUCUAAGACUUUGUGAUAUCAUUGGCCUCUCACACAAACUUUGCAUAAAUGGGACUUAUGUGUCAUCGCCCAUAUCCAGAAUUUAGAACAGCUUUUAUACUUUCCAAUGCAAUCAACCACUUAGGCAAAGGGCUUAGCGUUCAACCCACUGCACCAUAACAACAAAAUGAAAAGGUGACAAUCGUAAUACCGCCAAAAAAAAAAAAUAGCUUAAAAUGAUUCCGAAUUCUGUGAACCCUGUGAGGAUUGUGUGCCUGAGGGACGUGGUGGCUCGAACCUUCUUUCAUCUCUCUUUAGAUUUCACCCGCUUCAUCCCGAAUGGCAACCUGUUCUCCAUAUAGUGCCCUGGUCAAAAGUAUUCCACUAUGUAGGGAACAUUGGGAAGCAGUCUGGCUGACACACCUGAAAGCUGGAUACAGCUGACCCUCAGUCUGUCUUAUCAUCAAUCUGGCAGUAACCAGGGGGCCUUGGGGCUGAUCUCAGCCAGUCUGAGCUGUGCGGCUGGUUCUGUUCCAAACUGGCCCUGGGGAGAGCUGGUCUGUCUGGGCAAGUCUGGUGCCCUAGGACAUUGACAUAAGACACCUGACAGACAGCCAUCAGGCUCGUGUUAACAGCAGUGCUAAGACAAGAAUUACACCUCUUAGCUCAACUCUUUAAUGAGAGCUAGACGUUUAUUCCAAACCACUUCAAUCGCUCAAUAUACUUCUCAUAAUUCCCACUGUAAUAAUUUGCUGUUGACUAUUAUUUGAAGUAGCUUCAUGAGACAAUUUUGAGCACAUGAACUUUUUACGUAGGCCUACGCUUGGCAAAGAGGUUGCUGUGUGUGUUCAGCUGUGAGAAUGGGAACGACGUGGAGGUUGUGUUUAUAAUACCGCAUCGAUUCUGUGAAUCAGAGGCGUAGGAGCUCAGAGGGUGUAUGUGUUGGAGUCACUUAGACCUCUUCUUUAAGGGCCACAGGAGGGACGAGGAGAAGUAUUACUCAUUGGAACUGUAAUAUCACAGUUACAGAUGUAGCAUCACCAUUUGUUUCACUACUGGAUUGGUUUCAUAAAUCAACUGUCUUCUCACUCCCGAACCCUCAUUUCCUGCUUUGUAGGAACAUUCUCAGCAACAAACGAGUGAUCAAAUUAAGAUCCUACAUCUGUAGCUUUGGACUCGACUCACACUCUCUCAGUAUCAUAGAGAAGUGUUACAGCGGAACUGAAUGAGUCGGCGCGCUCUAGAACCAAUUCUUCUAAUGUGAUGUCUCAUUACGUACACUGGCUUCAGUGCAGAUAUUCUUUCUCCAUCUGUGAUAGUCACUCUUGUCAACACUUGUCAAGAUAAAAAUACAGCUAAAAAAAACUCACUGAAAUGUGCCAUGGCCAUAGUGACACAGCUCCAUUCUGACUACAGACUUCAAUCUGGAUCCAAAAAUGCAUCUUUGAUAAAGUUCUGUAUUAUGUACCUCUGUUUGACAGUGUAUCAUCAUAGCAAUGCAACACUGCUCAGUUUUUGCACAAGUGCCACGUUUGGUUGACAUCCAACACGUGGAGACCAUAGUAGUGGAGCACGGUACACAGCGGACCUAAUGAAUAACCAGGAAGUUAAACAGUGUCCGUUUGUUCUUUUGAAUCUAAGCAGACAAGCUGAAAGGCACGCAUAGCCCUUGUUAUGGUUGAGAUGGUUUCAUGUUGUUAGAUCACAGGGCGCAAUGAUCUGAACUGGUCCUGGACCAGAAGCCAUCAAGACAAAAUACUCUGAGCCUGAUGCUUUGUCACCUACGGGUCACUGCUCUGAGAUCAGCUCAAUGGACAUACUGCAUUUCAAGGGUCAGAGGGUUUCUUAAAAGGUUGUGUCUGGAUUUUCUCCCAUCCCCCUUGGUUCCGCUGUUCACUCUUUUUGUCCUCUACCAUCAAAAAAGGGCGUAUGUCAAGACAACCCACUGCGGACAGAUGUCAAUUCAGCAUCUGUUCCACGUUGGUUCAAUGUUAUUUCAUUUAAAUGAAGUUGAUUCAACCAGUGUUUGCUCAGUUGAAAAGCGCUGGUGGCCCUAUGACUCUGUUUUACACUGAUUAUAACAUGGAUGAUCAGAUCCUCUGAAAGACUUCAUACCACAUGCACUGCAGUAAACCGUCCGUGAAUCAUUAGCAACAGUUUUGGGGAAGCUAUACUAACGCUACCCUUAAUGAAAACAUAUUUUACUUAACUGAAGUUACCUUGAAAAAGUAGUCCACUACAUCCAAAAUACUUUGUUCAAAAUUGUCCUUUGUAAAUCUGAAUUGUCAUCGACUACAAACUGCAAGAACAGUUUACUUUGGACUCAUAUGUUAACAGAAUGUAAUUUAGCCUAUUAAAGUCAAAAACAAUUUGUUUCAAGUGACAAUGUAUUAUUGUGUCAUCUAUGUAUCACCUAUGUAUUAUUUUCUUGGUAGUGUUAAGUUCAGUAGUUAGUUAAACCGCUACAUGGCAAAAAAGCUGUUAACUACUGAAAACACUACCAAGAUUGGAAUUUAGUUCAACUACCACCAAGCUACUGGAAAUUGUAGUUCAAUUACUAGUUGAACUACAUGUAGUUUACUACUCCCCAACACUGAUUAGCAAUUAUAUUAACCAAUUCAUGAUAGAUUGGAGGCCUCAAGGCUGUGGAGUAUUGGUACUUAUCCUCUUUGUUGACCACUGUGGCGAAUACUUCAGCUGGAACACAGUUGGAGAAUCUCAAUUGCAUACUCCUCGCAUCCUCUCUCCUCGCCGUCUUCUCAAAACCCAUUGGACGGGAAAGCCAGAGGUCCCACCCCUCUGACCUUCUCCCCCAAUGGGUUUUUGAGGAGUUGAGGAGAGAGGACUCUAGGAGAAUGCAAUUGAGAUUCUUCCAAUGGCACAUCCUUCUAUUAAUAAUUCUCCCAUCUCUCCCUUCCUU